CAUUCUAAAAAUAUAUAUCCCAAAAUUGUUAUUCUCCCUGAGGAGAAAUAUAGUUCUUAAAAUCUCAGAUUCAGUAAUCUCCUCCUCAGGCAAAAUCAAAUUAAUUUUUUUUUUUACUUCAUUUCAUUUUUAUUUCAAAAAAUGGCUUCUGAUACUUUCACCGACAAAAACGCUGUUUUCCGGAAGCUCAAAUCCAAAUCAGAGAAUAAGAUGUGUUUUGAUUGUAACGCGAAGAACCCUACCUGGGCAUCCGUGACUUACGGGAUAUUUUUGUGUAUCGAUUGCUCCGCUACGCAUCGUAGUCUCGGUGUUCAUAUCAGCUUUGUUAGGUCAACCAAUCUGGAUUCAUGGACACCAGAGCAGUUAAAGAUGAUGAGCUUUGGGGGCAACAAUCGUGCUCAGGUCUUCUUCAAGCAACAUGGGUGGACUGAUGGAGGGAAAAUUGAAGCCAAAUACACCUCAAGAGCUGCAGAGUUGUAUAAGCAGUUACUUUCAAAAGAAGUUGCCAAGAGUUCUGCAGAAGAUGCUAUUAACAAUGCAUCAUCAUCUGUUCCUGCCAGAGUUGAUAAUGAACCUUCUGACUUCAAUGUCGUUGAAAUGCCAAAUGAGAGCUCUUCUGCAGUACCUGACACCAAUGGCUCCGCUACUGUGAAAGCCCCAUCAAUUCGUACAGCUACUCUCAAAAAGCCCAUUGGUUCAAAAAAGCCUGGAAAGACUGGGGGGCUUGGUGCAAGAAAGCUUAGCACCAAAACUAGUGAAAGCCUGUAUGAUCAGACGCCUGAAGAACCAGUUAUACAAGUGUCCACCUCAGCAAGUAACAUGCCGGCAUCGGCAGCAACACCUCACAUCUCUCGCUUUGAGUAUGUAGAUAGUUCCCAAACUGAGGAGACGAGUUCUGGAGGGGUGAAUACACUUAGUCAUGUUGCGCCUCCUAAGUCAUCUAGUUUCUUUGCAGAUUAUGGAAUGGACAGUGGUUUCUCAAAGAAGACCACUUCUUCAAAAGUCCAGGUACAGGAAACUGAUGAAGCAAGGAAGAAGUUCUCCAAUGCUAAAUCUAUUUCCUCAGCACAAUUUUUUGGGGACCAGAACAAAGCUGAUCUUGAUGGUCAAGUCUCCUUGCAAAAGUUUUCGGGCUCUGCAGCCAUUUCAAGCGCCGAUCUCUUUGGUAAUGACUCGGAUUCUAAUCUUGAUCUCAGCGCGAGCGAACUCAUCAACCGGCUGUCCUUUCAGGCUCAACAGGAUAUGUCAUCUCUGAAGAACAUAGCAGGAGAAACUGGGAAGAAGCUGAGCUCAAUAGCCUCCACUUUAAUGAGCGAUUUUCAAGACCGAAUCCUGUGAGAUAGUACGAGAAAGGUGUUAAUUACAGAAGUACCCUGAUAGAGAUCUUAUUUGUAAAGGGUGAAAAUUAUAUUUUACAUGGAGUUCUAUCGUAUUUUUGUAGCCGGAGAUUCUUUUAAUAUUGCGGUGCUUGUGUGUCUAUCAUUUUCUUGUUUAAGAUCUAGAGAACUACAGUGUCGGUACAUUAAUGCAAGUAUGCAGGUGUGAGGUAAUGUUGUUAAUGUGUAAGGUUAAAUCCUCAGAAACAGGCUAUGUAUACAACUUUAUUAAGACUGAUAUUUCAAAUUGUUGAUGAA